CAUAUUUUGUUGAUGUCUUUUACAUUUAAGGGCAACCCUCCGUACAACAAGGGAGCCUUCCGAAUAGUAAUUGACUUUCCAGUGGAGUAUCCGUUCAAGCCUCCAAAAAUCGCAUUCAGAACACCAAUUUAUCACCCUAAUGUUGAUGAAAAGGGACAUUUCUGCUUACCUAUCAUAAACACAGAAAAUUGGAAGCCUGCUACCAAGACAGAUCAAAUUAUUCAAUCUUUAGUAGCUCUAAUAAAUGAUCCUGAAGUUGACCAUCCUUUGUCAGCAAAUAUUGCUGAUGAAUACACAAAGGAUCGAAAAAAGUUCCUGAAAAACGCGGAAGAGCAUACCCGAAAAUAUGCUGAAAAGAGACCUGAAUAA